UCUAAUAGUAAAUUUUAGAACAUUUAAAAAUGCCUAUACUUGUGUUAAAAUGUAAUUAAAUCUAAGGGAUAAAAACUCCUUUUGUCCGUUACCCUUGACCACAUAUUAUAAUGUCAAUCCAAGUGUCAGAACAAAGUUUUGAGAGAAAGAAAACAUACGAUUGUUAUUUGCAUCAUCAACAAAAAAUUAUUACGUAAAAUUCCACUGUUAUCUAUCUGGAUUGUUAAAGUUAAAUAAGCAUUUAUAUCUUAAACUGUGUAAACAAUAUAAUUAACGUAAAUGAUAGCAUUCGGAGAAGAAACAUCGUGGUGCGAGGGCGCAUUUUGAGUGCGAAAAAGGGUUUUUUUUCUGGAGCAAAUUUCUUUUUGUGUUACAAAAAUGCGGUGUUGUGGCUAGAGGCGCGGCACUCCCGCGUCUCGACACGAACGGCGACCUAAACUAACUGUCCAGAUGUGUUUUGCCUGUCAAACCGGCCGCACGUGUUCGACUUAUUUACAAAAAUACAGUGUGAAUUUUACGUAUUGUGAUCAGCUGAUUGUGUGUACUCCGUGUUACAUCGCUUUAGGUGGACCUAAGUUCUUCUGAGCUGGGACAUCUGUAGAUUAAUCCUGUCGUCGACGAAUUGGAAAUGUUGGACAUAUUUCGAAUUAUAAAACUUUAAUUAAUGUCAAGAAGGUACACGACGUUCUCGGGACGAACGUGUGACAAUAUAGAAAGUGAAUUUUUCAAAAGUGUGAAAUCGAGGACUAGCCGGUCCUUGAUGUACUCGACAAGCUACAACCCUUGCGCCCUAACACUUUGUAUUUCGAAGAGACUUUGCCGCUAUUCGGCCAGAGACCCAAGAUUAAGACACUGGUCAAGAGAACUAACAAUUUCUUCAACGUAGAAGAAAUUUCAGCUAUUGGAUUAUUAAUCCAAUUCUGGUAGUAUUCACAGAGUCCAUUAGAGGACCGAAUUAGUGACAAAAUAGUACGUACUUACAACCGUACUUAAGAAAGGAUCGUCUAAAAGACUAAUGGAAUCACAAAGAGCGUAUACAAAUGGAAUUCCAGGGAAAGAUCCUUCUAGCAAGCAUGAUCAUAAAGUACCGUCUGAAGAGGAGAAGACUACGUCUCCCUUGCUUCAGAGGAUUGAUGAUUUGAAGUAUAUAGACGGGGCGAAUGAGGAUAAAAAUGAAGUGAGAGACACGGGAAAACUUAAAGAUGAUUUAGAUACUUUAAAUUCUAUGAAAACGGAAAUCAAAGAAAACCGUCUUUCCGUAGGCUAUCAUAAAGAUUCGGUUAGUGAUGAUGGCGCUGUUUCAACCACUGAGGGUGUCAAGUUCUUUGGUCUUGGGGAUGAUGACAGUAUUUGUUCCAGUAAGCCACCUGAAGAACCAGCGCCGCAGAUCCCGGAUGGAGGCUGGGGUUGGGUGGUCGUAGCAGCAUCAUUCCUCAUUGCUACGGUAGCCGAUGGGCUGGCCUUUUCUUACGGCUUGAUGCAUGACAAGUUUGUCAUUUAUUUUGAAACCAGUGAAGCAAAAACUUCGUUAAUUGGAAGUCUCUUUAUUUCUGUACCAUUAAUAGCUGGGCCUAUAAUGAGUGCUUUGGUUGAUCGAUAUGGAUGCAGGAGUAUGACAAUAGUCGGUGGCAUAGCAUCGACAAUAGGAUUUGUAGCUGCUUCGUAUAGUAAUUCUGUUGAAGUCUUAUACGUAACUUACGGUAUUAUGGCUGGUCUUGGAACUGGCUUGCUAUACGUCACUGCCGUGGUAUCAAUUGCUUAUUGGUUCGAGAAACGUCGUAAUUUAGCUGUUGGAUUAGGUUCAUGUGGAGUUGGUUUUGGAACUUUCAUAUAUUCUCCACUGACGACGUAUUUAUUGGAAGAAUUUGGAUGGAGAGGUACCUUAUUAUUAUUAGCUGGUACUGUACUUAAUGUGUGCGUGUGUGGUGCUGUCAUGAGAGAUCCUGAAUGGUUGAUAUUAGAACAGAAAAAACAAAGAAAGUUAAAUAAAUCGAAGAGAGCAUCUAGUUCUAUAUCUAUUUCGGCUAAGUCUGGAGGUGGUGAAUCUGUUUAUCCUGGAGCUGAAGAAUUAAAGAUUUUAAUGAAGAGCGGUGAGACACCUGAAUAUAUACUCACAACAUUGGUAGCUUCUAUUGCUCAAGCAGAAGAUUUGGAAGCAGCUACUAAAAGAAAUGCUGAUAUGUCACAAUACCAUAAAGUUAGUUCAGUAAUUAAUCUGCCUACGUUUUUGAGACAGAGUGAGAAGGUGCCUGCUGAAGUUUUAGACCAACUUACAACAAAUAAAAAACUCUAUAAUAUUAUAUUGCAAAACUACCCAUCGUUGUUAGCUUUACGUAGUACUUCAGAGCAAAAAUUGAAUGUGGAACCAGCGGCAGAGGCAUCUAAAACUAAACCCAUUAAGAUGUCAAUGAAGUUAAAAUUAAACAAGAAAGAGAAGAAGAAGAAGGAAUUUGAGACUAAACUAGACCAGGUCAGGGAGAAGUUACUGCAGCCGAUACCUGAAAAUAAGCCAGUGAUUGUACAGAGGGAACGUCAAGACUGGUGGACAAGGCAGUUUGUUACUGAUCAUCAGUAUUUAAGAAAUAUCAGAGUGCACCGUAACUCGAUCAUGCAUCGUGGAGCUAUGAUGAACAUUGCUAAAUACAAGCUACGAGCUUCAUCUUGUCCUGACAUUUAUAGGAAUUCGAUGUGGUCCGUUGAAGAAGAAAAGACUUGGGGCAAACGGCUGUUGGACACGAUUAACAAAACCUUUGACUUCAAUAUGUUCACGGAGUUCCAUUUCUUGAUGAUGAACCUGUCAACUUUAGUACUCUUCAUUUGGUUCAUUGUGCCGUAUUUCUACAUCUCCAACUUUAUGCUGAUGAGCGGAUACUCCGAAGUUCAUGGAUCGUGGAUGUUGAGUGUCUUCGGCAUAGCAACUAUUAUUGGCAUUGUCGGCUUGGGUUGGAUGGGCGAUCUGCCUUGGGUGAACGUUACGAAGACGUAUGCAGUAUGCCUUAUAUUUUGUGGAAUAACCAUAAUCCUGUUCCCAGUUCUGAUUCGUUUGAUGGACCCACAAGCUCCUUACAGUUUCUAUGUCUUGGCAUUAAAUGCUGUAAUGUUUGGACUAAUGUUCUCAAGUUCAUAUUCUUAUACUCCUAGCAUUUUGGUGGAGUUGAUCGCUUUGGAAAGAUUCACAAUGGCAUAUGGACUGGUUCUUUUGAGUCAGGGCAUAGGACAUCUUAUUGGACCGCCUAUGGCUGGUGCCUUAAGAGAUGUCACUGGACAUUGGGACGCAGCUUUCUAUGUCGCAGGCUUGUGGGUCAUAAUAUCUGGUUUCCUGGUUGGCGUUAUACCUUACACUGAGAACUUCCGUAUAUGUGGCAACGCACCUCUGGCUAAAGAUGUCGCUGGUGAACCUGAUCCAGGAGUGAAGAUCAUCAUUGCCCAUUAAAUCAUUCACCAAGAAGUUCUUAACAAUGAGUUUUGAUAAAAUCCCUGGUUGGAAAUGCUUAUCUAUGAUACUUAUACUUUUUUAGUUAGUUUUUCUCGACUCUUAUUGUCGAUUUUUAAAUAAUAAUGAUUUUUUGAAAGAUUGAUUUACAGAAGGUAUUUGAAUUAUUUAUGAUUUUGAUACCGUAACGAAAAGGAAAAAUAUGUUCAUUUUGAAACUAGUGACUGUAUCUAUACUUCACACGUAUUGUUGUUUUUCAAAUAAAAUUAUGUAUGUAUGUAUUUAGAUAUCAAUGAAAUUGUACCUACCGUGACAUGGCACAUGUGUGUUUGUAGAGUUUUAUAACAACAUAGAAAAUAAUUUCACAAUCCUAUUAACACAGUUCCUGUUACACCCAUAUGUGUUCUUCAUUUUUAUGCUGUUAUAAAUUUCCUAAAGCGACAUUUGUUUUAGUAAGUACCUAUAGGUAUAAAAUAAAUGAUUAAAUAAAGCCAACUUUAUAAAGGCGCCAAUGAAUUUUGUGAAUGAAUGAAUUUUGUGUUCCAGGAACUGUUAUGUUAUAGGUUUUUUUUAAAGACCAUUAGAAGACGUGUUUUUAAUAACAAAUUUUAUAUUUUUAAGUUCAUAUACCUAUUCUAAUUUUAAACAUACAUUAUAGGUACCUACAGAGUGUCUGAUUUUGCGUUUGAUUAUGUACUACUUGCCAUUUUGUAACUCCGAUCAUGGUAAUAUUGAAUUUAUUUUAAUUACAAAUUUUGAAAGUAUUUUAGGACUUAAGAUUGUCUACUUAUUUAGAUUUUAAAUCUGCCUACGUAUGUAACAUGUAUGAGCUAUUUAAAAAUAAAUCUGCUAUUUCAUAA